CACUAACGUGGUUCCCGUGAGCUAAUCACUGCACACGGACCCUGUGAAAGCGGUCUGUGUACCUUUUUGUCCCUUUGUCUGCUGACUGGUAGGUACGCCAUACAUUUCCAUCACGGUUGGCCAUACCUUUUCCCUUCCUCCCACCCUUGCCAGUCAAAUGAGAAAGACUGAGGCGCUUAGUAUGCAUUCGAACGAGUAGCACGCCACUCCAUCCAUUUCAAAUAUAUAAACUGCUAAGAUUACCCUCAUUCGAGCUUUCUUCUUUUUCCGUACUCCUUAGCAUACAAACAGGCUUUGGUAGUAAUCGAUACCUCCAACAUGUCUCCCAUCCCCAGACACGUCGUCAAGCUCACGCAAAGAAUCCACAACCCUGCCCUCCGCAACCUCACACUCAGCCUGAUUGAGCAGGCUUCUCAUCAACCCGACCUUUCCCAUUUCACCAUCGCUACACUAAAAAAUCCAACGCACACGAGUCACACCGAUACGAAACCCCACGCGACAGUUCUGUUUGCAAACGAGGAGCAAUUCAAGAACAACAAGGCUCAAACUGCCUAUAUAUAUCACGACGAAGAAGGACGGUAUGCUGGUCAUACUUUGUAUGAGGAAAGAGACAACAAGGCCUCGGAUGAUUAAAGGUACAAGCAUGAGCGGAAGAUGACUUCUACACUUAGCUGUCUUUACCGAUAAUCGCAGCAAAGUAAUAGCGUUGUUAGCCUUUUAAACCCGGUUGGCUACCAAUUAGUCGGUGUACAAAUUAACAACCGAGUCCUAGUUCUCUUUUAAAAAAACAAGAAAAAAGAUUAAGAAGC